AUGACUCGUCCGAGACAGGUGUCAGACUUCACGAUCGCAGCCGUGAUUGAGCGUGGCGCGAUUCUGGCAUUGCAUCAAUGCGAUGUUGGAGAACUACUGACGGCAGCGAAUCUCCCGUCCCUUUACCCCAUGCUGAAUCAGAGUUCUUCAGAUUCAACAAAGGCGAAAAGUGGACCUUUGAUAAAUCUUUCAUCAGUCGAUUCUUUGAAUCCUCCAAUGUCGUGCGAUGAACGAAUAAUCGAUGCAUUGCUGUCAAUUGUUGAUGCUGCAGGGAAAGAAGAUAGCCGUCUGCGUCCUAUAACGCUGGAAUUGGCCUGCUUAGUAUUGAGGCAAAUAUUAUUGGUUGUGGAUCAUGAUCAGAUGCACUCAUCAAUUGGCAGCAAAGCGUCUCAUGUGCUUUCUUGCUUCGUUGAUCGCCUAGGGCUCUACGUAAAUUCCGAAAAUCUGUUUCUGGAAUGGUUUGAGGACGAAUACGCUGAAUUUGAGGUGAACCACAUCAAACUGGAAACAAUAGGCUACGAGAUGCUACUACCUCCUUGCAAUACAGCAAUGUCAGACAAUUCUGAUCUGUUGUCUUGUGUGGUGGUACUCAAUAAGAAUGAGCGACUUUCGCGAUUCCUGGUGACGGAUCGACUACAACUUAUACUAGUAGAGCCCGAUACACGGAAAGCUGGAUGGGCAAUCGUGCGAUUCGUCGGAUUACUACAGGAUACAAAUCAGUGGAGAUCCAUCGGAUAG